AUGUCUGAAACCGGCGAUACCGCAACCUCAUCUACCUCCUCAGCCCUUAUCACCCCACUACAUGCAGCAGCCUCAGGUCCAACUCUUCUCCCGGGUCCAGUCGCAUCGUUCGUCUCGAUAAUAUCGAAGUCUACAUCAGUUUCAAUCCGCCUUGGUUCGUUUGUAGGGGGAGCUGCUCUUGCCGGCGCACGUAUAGGGACCCUGACCGGGUUGGAGCUUGGGAGGGCUGCGAUCGAGGGCAUCCUCCAUAGGGCGGGACAUGACGUUAAUUCUAGAAGACUUGUUGGCGGGAACCAUGUGAAUGGAUGGACCGAGACUGGUAUAAAUAUACUCCGCUCUUCAAUAUCCCUAACCCAGCUCCUGCUCUCAACCGGCUUCGAAAUAUCCUCGACUACGCUGAGCACCCUCAGCUCAUUCGCUGAAACCUAUGUCCUCACGCUCGACUCGAUAUUCGGCUCAACCGAGUCCUCGCGCGCCAUCUCGGCAAUCGUGACCUUGAUGCGCAAGGAGUUCGACGAGAACUCUGAAGGCGAGGGCCGAAUAGGGGCUGCGGAUCUGGUGAUCGGCCUUACUUGUUUUGCAGUCUUGCAAGUGAAAACAAGGGCGAGGCACAAUAGUGAGAUAGAGACCGAGCUUAUUUGGGAUGUGGUUGUGGAUGAGGUGGAAAAGAAAGUUGAUAUCACAUUGGGGCGGGAUCGGGGCUUUUCUGGGGAAGGUGAAUCCGUUACAUCAUUUUUCGACAAUGAGGAAAUGGAUUCGGUUUCAGUAUAUAGUGGUCAUGAAGACGAAGAUGAGAUUGCAAGUGGAUUGCCACCCAUGUUUUUUGCAAGAUUACCUCAAUCCGCAGAUAUAUCCAUUACAACUUCAUCCACGACCACAAAGACUACAACCGUUGAAGUCAUAGGAACAGAAGCUCCGGAUUUCACUCCACCAGAAGGAGCAGUUAUAAUCUCCGAAAGCUCCAAUCAAGAUGAUAAUAGACCUCGAUAUAAGAUUGUAUAUGAGACCAUCACAAAUAAGAUGGAAAACAAACGAGUCAAAAGAGAGGACGGGGAGUUUGUACACUCGGAGGAUAUAGUUAAAGAUAGUGGGAGGGUCGUUGAGGAAAUACCAUCAGACUCGUCAUCAUCAACGCUGAUUGAAAUUCCAAGAAGAAAACCAACUCGUCGUAUAUCCUCGAAGGAUAACGACCUACCCAAGACUUCGAAAGAUUCCAAAAAGCAUCGGUCGAAGGAUAACGGCCUGCCCGCGACUCCAAAAGAUUCGAAAAAGCAUCGAUCAAAGGCUGAACCGAUUGAGGCGAACUCACGGAGACGACUCUCCUCCCGCGGUGGAACUUCAGAGAAACACCGAGGCGAGAAGCACAAGCUGCGAGAAUCUGACGCCGACAGAGAGGAGAGGCACAAAGAAAAGAAGAGGGAGAAAGAGAAAGGCAAGGAAAAGACGGAGAAGAGAAGAAGGAGUGAAACUUUGUCAGAGGCUCUAGUACCCACUGUCAAGAGAAAGAGUGGACUGGAAUCACUCGCGGCCUCUCCUAGAAGUGAUGGACGACAUACAAGAUCUGCUACAGAGCCCCCAUUUUCGCCGAAUUUUAGGGGCCCUAGUAGACCCACAUCUCCCGAGGCGAGACCGUUCCACAGAAGUAGUUCACGAACGAGGAUGUUUCGUCGAUCAUCAUCUAUCUCGGGGAGGUCUGAGUUCCAUUCAGCUUCCGCGUAUUCUCAAACCGCAAAUGUUGAAUCAUUAGAUUCCUAUUUGCCGCGUGGCCAGCACGUUCGAGGGUCUCCUUCGAUUUACACUAUUAGAUCCUCCCAUUCUCAAACUUCUCUUCUUCUAGAAUCGUACAUCCCCCAUCCCGAUGAAGUAUUCCCGAACGCCCCCAUCUGCAUCAACUUUGCAAAAUACAUGCGCUUCGCAGCAGCCUCGUAUGGCCAAAACUUUAUGCGGUUCUUGGGUCUUGGGUCAACCCCAAUCCUCCCACCCGCAUCUACGCACCACGCGGAGCACCAUGCUUUUUCGCAUCACACAGAGCUCCCACUCGAUACCAUCCUUCUGAGCUCGUUCGUAGAUCCCGGAGGCGGAUAUGACGCAGAGGGAAAUGUAAAUAGCGGCAUCCCACUUGUCCAUUUCGUGGCCGUGGACCACCCCUCUAAAGCUAUCGUCGUCACUUGUAGGGGCACCCUUGGCCUGGAAGAUGUAUUGACAGAUCUCACAUGCGAAUACCACGACCUGACUCUUCGGGGGAUCAAAUACAGAGUCCACAAAGGCAUGCUCAACUCUGCCCUCCUGCUACUCAGGAAGAAAUCCCGAUUGCUAGUUGUUGUCCAGGCUGCACUAGAGGAGUAUAGCGACUAUGGACUCGUCUUUACUGGCCACUCUCUCGGCGGUGGAGUAGCAGCGAUAAUUGCGAUGCUGCUAUCCUCGCCUUGUAACGGCACAUUCAUAACUAGCAACGCUGCCGCCACCCUGACGGACGGUGUCCGCAUUCCGGAAGGCCGAAAGAUUCACUGCUAUUCAUACGGCACACCGGCAUGCGUAUCAGAGGAGCUUCGGCGCGCAACUCGAACCCUCAUUACUACCGUCGUCCACGGCAGGGAUAUAGUACCGUCUCUGUCAUUCGGAAUUAUUCGCGACUUCUGGACAGUUGCGGUUGCGUUCAAGGAGGACAACAAGGGCGCGAAAGCGGAGAUCAGGAGGAGGAUCAUUGAUGGCCUGAGUAGAGGAAACCUAGGGGGUUCUCUCGAUCAUGAUGAUUGGGCGUUUGCGGUUAUGAAAACUUUGCGGGCGGCUAUGAGGGCAGAGAAGCUGGUUCCGCCAGGAGAGGUGUGGAAUGUGGUGACGGAGAGGGUAUAUAGAGAGGGGGAUGAUGGGCCUAUAGGGGUGACGGGGAAACUUAGAGUUAAGGCGUUCGUUAUUAGGGAUGUAAAGAAGAGAUUUCAGGAGAUUGGUUUUGGGAGCGGGAUGAUGGCGGAUCAUAGUCCGUAUUGUUACGAGAAGGCAUUGGAUGCCUUGAGGAGGGGAAUGGAGCAAUGA